CCUCCAGCUUGACUCUAUUUAUAAGUAAUUUCCUACUUAACCGACGCAUAUUCGUGUUCCAGUUAGUUUGUUGCAACAGCUGAAGCAGUGCAUACAACACUGGCUGUAUUGAGUCUAUGCAAUACGAAAACAGAAGAAUUUCAUCAGCAGUUGAGCUAUUAAUAUCAUGGAAGGAUUGAAAUAUAUUUUCAUAAUUUCUCUGUUAAAAACUUACGUCUAUGCGCUAGAUCCGAUAAUUGAUACUACCACUGGAAAGAUUAAAGGGUCAACAAUUUCAGUUCUGAAAGUUGAUCUUGAUGUAUUUCUUGGAAUACCAUUUGCUAAACCUCCCGUUGGUAAUCUAAGAUUUAGAAGACCUGAAAAAAUUGAACGGUGGAGUGGUAUAAAAGAAACGAAGGAACAUGUUGCGGCUUGUGUACAACCUGUAAGUAAAAAAUAUGAUGAUCUUAAGGGUUCAGAGAUAUGGAAAAUAAAAACUAAUAUAAGCGAAGAUUGUCUUUAUUUGAAUAUUUGGGCGCCUUCAGAAGCACGAACACUCCGUUCAAAUUUAACCACAAUGAUUUGGAUACAUGGAGGUGCAUUUGUUUCAGGGACGACCACAGUGGAAUUAUAUAAUGGAAAAUGGUUAGCUGCCAGUCAAAAUAUUAUCGUUGCAUCAAUGAAUUACAGAGUAGGGCCAUUUGGUUUCCUUUCUUUAAAUGAUGAGCGUGCUCCAGGCAAUAUGGGACUGCUUGAUCAAAACCUCGCUAUACAGUGGAUCCGCGAUAAUAUUGCAUCAUUCGGAGGAGACCCUGAUAAACUGACACUAUUUGGACAAAGUGCUGGUGCAGCAUCUGUUGGUUUUCAUGUUGUUUCCCCACUUUCUCGGAAGCUUUUCAGGAAUGCUAUUAUGAUGAGUGGGUCACCUACCUCUACCUGGGCAUUUAGACCAUUAGAAAAUAUUGAUAGAGCAAAGGCAAUGGCUUUUGCUCUUAAAUGUCCCAUGAAUAACACUAAAGCGAUGAUAGAUUGCUUUUUAGAAGCUGAUGCUAACACUCUAGCUCUAGCACAAUUUUACAAUGUAGAUGACUUCAUAAAAGUUACCUUCACCCCUGUUGUCGACAAUUAUUUCUUACCAGGAAAACCAAGCGAAAUACUGAAUGAUAAAACUGUGAAAAAAGAUGUGCUAACAGGGUUUGUCGAAAACGAAGGAAGUCUCUUUCUUCUGUCGGCAUUCCCCAAACAAUUCCCCAUAAAUAAGAUUGUCCCGAUGAGAACAGAUACUGCACAUAAACUAAUGAAUGAUAUUACUCGGCCAACAUAUCUAAACCCUCAGCAAAUGAAUGUUAUCACAUAUCUUUAUGGUUCUCGUGUCUUCUCCUUUCCUGAGACUGAAAAAUACAGAUACAUAAUAGAACAAGUAGCUGGCGAUACAUCAUUUAAAUGUCCUGCUAUCAAAUUGGCCGAGCAAUUCAGCACCCAUUCCAAUGUCUACAUGUAUUCUUUCGAGUUUCUAUCGCGAUUAACUCCCUGGCCGAAAUGGUUGGGUGUCAUGCAUGGUUAUGAUAAUUUUUUUGCGUUUGGGCACCCGUUAUCCGGAAAAAUUUUUUCAGAGAAGGAUAAAUUAGUAACAGAAAAACUGACCAGUUCUUUUGUUAACUUUUCUAAAUCAGGUAAUCCUAACAAUGGAGAUUGUUUUGAUUGCUCCAAUGAUCCAUGGCCCAAGUUCACACUCGAAAGCCAGAAAUAUAUUGUGAUUGACAAAAAAUCUGAGACGAAGGAGAAUUACAUGAACAACAUAUGCGGUGUGUGGAGUGAACUUCUCCCAAAAUUAAAGAGACCUUUGUGUCCAGAACUAACAAGUGGAUCCCAGAAUAUUUGGACUUUCCAGGGAAGAAUUCUGACCUAUUUCACAUCAAUGUUUUUCUCUUUGAUAUUGUUUGGAAACUUUUUGUUUUAAUGCUCAGUUAAUCAUUUCACUCUAUAUUGACAUCUAUGUUUUAUUUCAUAAACUACAUCAUUUUAUGUUUGGUUUAUU